AUUAGAGAAAAUGGCUAGUAUUCCACUUCGUAAGUUAGAAGAAUAUUUACAACAGUUGGAUGGAUUUGAUAAACCAAAAAUAUUGCUUGAACAAUAUUCUACCAGUGCUCACAUAGCAUCAUGCAUGCUAUAUUGUGCUCAAUCACAAUUUAAUGAUAUAGAAGGACGCGUGGUAGCUGAUCUAGGUUCUGGAUGCGGUGUUUUGUCUCUUGGAGCACAGAUGCUUGAAGCAUGUCAUGUAGUUGGCUUUGAAAUUGAUUCUGAUGCACUUGAAAUUCAAUCUAGAAAUUGCAAUGAAAUUGAACUGUUUGUGGAAGCCAUACAAUGCGAUGUACUUCAAUAUUUGCCAGGAAGGUUUGAAAAAUAUUUUGAUACAGUGAUUAUGAAUCCACCUUUUGGAACAAAACAUAACGCGGGUAUAGACAUGAAGUUUCUGGACGUUGCAAUCAAAUUAGCGUCAAAUACUGUAUAUUCUUUGCACAAAACAAGUACGCGUAAUUAUGUUCUUCAAAAAGCCGCCCAAUUUGGAGCGAAAAGUAAAGUUAUUGCCGAACUGAGAUAUGAUUUACCGAAAGCUUAUAAAUUUCAUAAAAAAGCCUCGGUGGAUGUUGAGGUGGAUUUUAUACGAUUUGAAUUAAACCAAUGAAGGAUUUUCAUAAAAUCA